AUGUCGAUCUCUCACCAUGCAAUGCUAUUGAUCUUCGCUGUCUUCUUCUUCUCCGUCCUGUUUCAAUCUUCCACUAGCAUCAUUAUCAACCCUUCCAAAGUAAAGCAAGUUUCAUCGAAACCCAGGGCGUUUGUGUAUGAAGGGUUCCUCACGGAAUUGGAAUGUGAUCAUAUGGUUUCGCUUGCAAAAGCGAGUCUUAAGAGAUCUGCUGUAGCUGAUAAUGAUAGUGGAGAGAGUAAGCUCAGCGAGGUUCGAACCAGCUCUGGUACCUUUAUCCCCAAAGCAAAGGAUCCCAUUGUUGCUGGUAUAGAAGAAAAGAUCUCCACUUGGACAUUUCUUCCAAAAGAGAACGGUGAAGACAUUCAAGUAUUGAGAUACGAGUACGGUCAAAAAUACGAUGCUCACUUUGACUACUUUCAUGACAAAGUCAACAUUGUACGUGGUGGACACCGCAUAGCAACAGUUCUCAUGUAUCUAUCUAAUGUCACAAGAGGUGGAGAAACAGUCUUCCCUCAUGCAGAGAUACCUUCUCGUCGAGUCCUAUCUGAAAACCAAGAAGAUCUCUCUGAUUGUGCCAAGAAAGGAAUCGCCGUGAAACCAAGGAAAGGGGAUGCUUUGUUGUUCUUUAACCUCCACCCUGACGCAAUCCCUGACCCGUUGAGUCUUCACGGUGGAUGUCCUGUGAUCGAAGGAGAGAAAUGGUCAGCGACUAAGUGGAUCCACGUGGACUCAUUUGACAAGAUUGUGACGCCUGGUGGAAACUGUACUGAUUUGAACGAGAGCUGUGAGAGAUGGGCGGUGCUUGGGGAAUGCACAAAGAAUCCAGAGUAUAUGGUUGGUACUGCUGAGCUUCCUGGCUAUUGCAGGCGAAGCUGUAAGGCUUGUUAG